ACACUGCUUUAUACUCAGGAGAAGAAAAAAAAGCUACAGCCAUGGAACCCAUCACACAACAACAGAACAAUAGCCCAGCACUUAAAAAAUCCAAGUCUAGGAAGAACAUCAACCACUUCACAGAUGUUCACGGUCUGCCUUGCAUUGAGAACAUUGUGAGGUCUGUGGAGGAAAACCCCGAGCCCAUCAGCACCAACAUCAUCGGCGAAAUCCCAGAAUGGAUCAAUGGAAGCUUCUUGAGGAACGGACCUGGGAAGUUUGAGAUUGGAAACCAUAAGUUCAACCACUGGUUUGAUGGUAUGGCUCUCCUGCACCAGUUCAAAAUAACCAAUGGAAGCGUGACCUACAAAAGCCGCUUCCUGUCCAGUGACAGUUACAAAGCCAACAAUGAGCAAAACCGCAUCGUAGUGUCAGAGUUUGGCACGCUCACCAUGCCAGACCCCUGCAAGAACUUCUUCCAGCGCUUCCUGUCAAGAUUUGAAUUACCAAAGCCCACAGAUAAUGCCAAUGUGAGUUUUGUGACCUACAAAGGGGAUUAUUAUGUCAGCACAGAGACCAAUGUGAUGCACAAGGUGGACCCUGAGACACUGAAGACCACUCAAAAGGUGGACUGGAGCAAAUUCGUUGCUGUGAACGGAGCGACCGCGCACCCUCACACUGAUCCUGAUGGAACAACUUACAACAUGGGAAAUUCAUACGGAACCAAAGGAGCGACCUACAACAUCAUCAAAGUGCCACCGACCAAGAAUACAGCUGGGGAUACCCUGGAGGGAGCCACUGUGUUGUGCUCCAUUCCCUCCGUAGAAAAGAGCAAACCAUCCUACUACCACAGUUUUGCAAUGUCUGAGAACUACGUGGUGUUCAUUGAGCAGCCCAUAAAGAUGGACCUGCUGAAGAUUGUGACAGGAAAGUUGACAGGUAAAAGCAUCAGUGAGGGCAUUUCCUGGGACCCAAAACUCAACACUAUCUUCCACCUGAUUCACAAGCAGACAGGAGAGCUCAGCAACAUCAAGUACCUUGCCAAGGCGCUGUCAACUUUCCACCAGAUCAACGCGUACGAGGAGGACGGUUUCUUGAUCAUAGACAUGUGUGCUGGAGAUGAUGGCCAGGCAAUCAACAAUUACAACAUACAAAACCUGCGCAAGAAUGGAGAAGAUCUCGAUGAGGUGUACAACACCAUGUGUAGAGUAUUCCCACGACGUUUCGUUCUGCCUCUCAAUGUGGACUGUGAUACGCCCUACGACCAGAACUUGAACGGGCCAGACUGUGCCGCAACUGCUAUAAGAACUGAUAUGAAGAAGGUCUUCUGCACCCAUGAGGACCUCCACGGAGAGGAUCUUCAUCAAUACGGAGGUCUUGAGUUCCCUCAGAUUAACUAUGGCAAGUACAACACCCACUCCUACCGAUACUUCUACGGCUGCGGCUUCAGACAUCUUGUAGGAGACACACUGAUCAAGAUGGAUCUCCAGGGGAAACACAUGAAGGUGUGGGAACAGCCUGGUCUGUAUCCUUCUGAACCAGUCUUCGUACCUUCCCCUAAUGCAACAGAGGAGGACGAUGGUGUCAUCAUGUCUGUGGUCAUCACACCCAACAAGGACAAGAGUACAUUCCUCCUGGUUUUAGAUGCCAAAACAUUUAAGGAGGUUGGCAGGGCUGAGGUGCCUGUCAACAUCCCGUACGGAUUCCACGGGACAUUCAACUCCACACAAUAGACGCGUGACAAGGAGGUCAUGAACAUUGUAAAUACUAUCUGUGCCGUUUGUCUCAAAUGUUGUUUGUCUCAUGAAUCUAGAGGUCACCAAGCAGAUAUGAAUGUAUAGUUUUCUUCCACAGGUAGUCCUAAUCAUGUAUAUUAAGAUAAGAUAAGAUAUACCUAUAUUCAUUGCCUCCUAUAUACAUUUUAGGAGCACCAACAGCAAUAAGAUUGAAACAUAGCAUAGGACAGAUAAGACUUCACACAAAUGGAAUAAGAACACAAAUGUAAAUAUAUAUUUUUUCAUACCAGCAAUAUACCGAGGUAAUACUAUUGAUAAUUAUGAAGGUAUAGCAUAUUGUAGCUGUAUUGUUGAAAAUGUGCAGGGUAAGAAAUAUGUUUUCCUGUUUUAAGUUGUUCUUUCAAUUCUUUAAACCAUUGUUUUAAAAAUGGUAUUAUUCAUGUGUAUAUUAAGUUGAGGGGGAAAAAAAGGGGGGCAAAAUUAAGAAUAUUGCAAGUCUGCAAAAAGAGUUCAGGACACUGAACAAAUGCACACUUUGGCACAGCGCCCACAUGUUGUAAAAUGAUAUGUUAAUCCAAUGAAUGAUAAAGUAAAUUGCUUGUGUAAGUCUCAAUAAAAAUGCACAUACACUUCUCA